AUGGCACCUUCAGUUCAACUUCCGGAUGGCCACCAAGAGGUCCUUACGAAUCGUCACAAUGAACACGCAAAGGAGAUCACUAUCCUUGUGACUGGAUUUGGUCCUUUUCAGGAACGUUAUCCCGUCAAUCCUUCAUUCGAGAUUGCCCGGAGACUGCCAGAAUCCUUGCCGGCAAAUUCGCCUCAUAAAGCCGUGCGAAUAAUAUCUUAUGGAACACCGGUUCGCGUUGCCUAUGAUGAAGUUCGAGACUUGAUUCCCAAGCUACACCAAGAGUAUGCUGGAACUGUUGACGUUGUCUUACACAUUGGCAUGGCAUCUGGGCGGAAAUUCUACGCGCUGGAAAGAUAUGGGCACAGAGACGGCUACGACAAGAAUAAAGAUCUCGACGGUAGAAUGCCUGGCGCUGAUGAGGGCAAGACGACUUUUGCUGACUGUCCUCCUACAAUGACCACCUCUCUCGACUACGAAAACGUGCUGCUCGAUUGGCAAGUGAAUCUUCUCAGCAUUCCUGAAGGCCGUCUUGGCAAUGGAGCUGAUGCAAGACCGUCCGAAGAUGCGGGCCACUACUUGUGCGAUUACAUCUAUUUCAACAGUCUCGCGCAUUGUGGUCGUCGCAGUGGCGCGAUGGAAGGCGGUGGCGACAAAGCAAGACCUGUGCUUUUCUUGCACGUUCCAGCAGAGAGCGAUCCGGACAUGAUCGAGAAGGGCAAGGAGGUCACAAUUGCACUGAUCCAUGCCAUCGUGGACAAUUUCUGCAAGCGCCAAUUUGGUCAGGAAGGAUUCUCUUGA